AUGGAACCUGCUGCGAAACACAUUGUCGCCCAGGAACGGCGCAUGUCGACUACUACUGGUGACGUGCAGGCGGUGUACAUCGAAAUUAGCGAAAUGUGCUGCGCUACCAAGGUGAACGAUAAACAAAUUAUCUUCGGCAACAACUUCCAUUGGGACGAGCCCCCGAAGGGUCGGUCAGUUCCUCGUCGUUCGUCAACUGGUUCGUACGGUUGUUUGCGGAUAGUGGCAGCGGUUGCGGUCGAUAGUAGCCAUUUGUUGGAAUACCUACUGGUGUGGAUGAGCAAGGAUUUAGAGCUGAAACGGUAGUGCAGGUUUUGUAGCGAAAUUGGUCGUUUGGGAACGACGGAACAUCCGGUAAGCGGUGCGGCCGCCUGGAGUGGUUGUGGUGACGAUCCCGGAAGUGUUAAACUUUACCUGACUGGUGACAGCAGACGAAAACCUUCCCCUACGAAGAUACCGAGAGGAACCUAUUGGCGAACCCCAGUGAGUGGUAGUGACUACUACGAGCAGUUCUGUGUCAAGUGUCGGAUUUAUCUGUUGGAAAACUUUCAAAAGUUUAAAAACAACUUUUCCAUUAUGUCACGUUUGGGUGGCAAAGAUUGUGCACCUAGUAUAGCAUCUCGGCAUCUUGGCGAAGGUGGCGGCGGUGGAGGCGGCAUCGGAACUGGUUCCGGAGAUCGUAAAAAACCGUUUACUCGCCCGUUCAAUAAGUCACGACUGGAUUCAUCUAGUGCAGGGGCUGCACAAUCAUCUAGGAUGUUGAGUCCGCCAUCACCGGACACCAGCUCCUUGAUAAGGCAAAACAAUGAAUUGCGUCACCGCUUGCAGGAAGAGGCGAGUAACUACCGACGCCGGAUCGAGACGUACAAACAAGCUCAAAACAAUCAGGCUGCACUUGUUAGCCGUCUGCAAGCCAAAGUGCUGCAGUACAAACAACGCUGCACAGAGCUAGAACAAACGCCAGCUCAAAGCGUUUGUCCAGUUUACACUGCUCGGGAGGCAUCUCCCGGCCGACAUCACCGUGCACCAUCAUCGUCAGUGUGUACUGCUGCAACGGUUGGCCCUUGCCCUGGCACAGGUUCAAACGCUCCACUGAGUCUACCACCAUGUCCAGUGGCUAGGGAACGGUCGCGCUCGAGAUCCCGAUCGCAAUCACCGUGUCGCAAAUACGCUGAAGGUGGCCACGAUGAGAUCCGACAUCAGCUCGAUGAGGAACGACGGCGCUGCGAAAAACUACUGGUCGAGAACUCCUGCCUGCGUCAGCAGCUGGAGGAGUCCCAACGAUCCAACGAAGCGUUAACCAAUGAUCUCCAGAAGCUUACCACGGACUGGGAAAGCUUAAGGGAUGAGCUACUGGCCAAGGAGGACGAAUGGAAGGAGGAAGAGCAGGCCUUUAACGACUAUUACAACAACGAACACACCAGACUGCUUAAAAUGUGGCGCGAAGUAGUCAACGUGAAGCGUAUGUUCAAGGAAAUGUCUGCGACCACUAAGAUGGAACUGGGACGAAUGCAGCUGGAGCUAACCGGAACCGGACGCGAAGUGGUCGGUUCCUGCAGUGGAGUCUCGGUGAAUAUAAAGCAGACGUCGAAAAUCGAGGAAGCUCAGCAGAUGCACAUUGAACGGGAAAACAUCGACCUGAAAUCUCAGUUGGGUGAGCUGAAACUGCAGCACGAAAACGCUAGACAGGAAAUUGCCCAACGAGAUCAACGACUGCAACAGAUGUUGCAGGAUCUCAAACUACUCGAAGAACGCAACGCCCAAGCAGAGGGUCAGGUUGGAUUGACACAGCGUUUAAAUGAUGAAUUGGAACGCUUGCAGAGUGCUUUACGUGAAAUUGCCCAUGCAGUGGUACAGGAUGCCGAAUCAACAGCGACCGCCGAAACGGACACUUCGGUGCACCAUCUUCAUCUGUCGCAGCCAGGUGGACUUCCGGCUCCACCCAGGUCACCGAAACGUGGUGCCAUUCGAACGUCCCAAGCGUUUACUGAGGGAACCAUUUCGGCUGUACAAGCGGCACUGCACAAGUACCAAUUGUCCAUUCAUGAUUUGCAAGUUAAGCUGCAAUCCAACAACGAUGCACUGACGGCCAGCAAAAAACAGCUAGAAAAUUGUGAACACACUCGCGAAGUACUGACCGGCAAGGUAUCGGAGUUAACCGAGAAGCUGGACUCUGCCAACCACCAGCUGGCGGAAUUAUACAAGGAGCGGGAUAGUUUACAAAAGACGCUAGAUGGACUACGCACUGAUAAGCACUCCGUCGAGAGAGGCAAAGCUGAACUGAAUUCAAUUGUUGACAGUCUCAAUACGGAUUACGAAAAAUUACAACAUGUCAAUAGCAAAUUGCAAAAAAUGUACGACUCCCUGGAGGAUGAGAAAAAGAUGGUAGAAAGUGAACUUGCACGUGUUCAAAAGGAUAAAGACAUUCAGGAAAUGAACCUUCGGGCUGAGGAAGAGCGUUCCAGCCGUCUUCGUGAGGAAACCAUUACUCUAAGGGAGGAAUUGAACAAACUCUACCUGGCGCGUGAUUUGCUUGAACAGCAACGAAUUGAAUCGGAGGGAUUGCUUAACCUAAUUGAGAAACAAAAGCUGGAGUUAGAAUUUGAAUUUGACCGAACUGUUAACGAGCGUGAUGGGCUUCAAAUUAGCUUGGAGAAAAAAGGCUCAUCUAACGAGCAUUUAGAAAUGGAAAUUAAACAGCUUAGAGAAAAUAUUGUUCAGUUGGAAGACGAACGAGGCAAACUGAAAACCCAGGUAUCUGAUCAAACAGUGGAUUUAGCAACUUUGAAAAAGGAAUUGAUAUCAGCCGAACAGGCCCGAUUGGAUCUUGAUUCAGAAAAAUUGACAAUCAGUGAGCGUUUGAAAUGUUUGGAAAUGGAAAAGGACAAGAUAGAACAGGAGCUAAGUUGCAUUGGUAGAGAAAGAAAUGAUAUAAGCAAUCAGCUAGCCACCAUUUCUCGGAAAAAGGAGACCAUUGGCGAGGAAGUGAUGCGACUAAGGCAGCGGUUGGAGCAAGCCAACGAGAUGAAUGCAAGAUUAAAUCGAGGCUUAGAGGACCUGGUAAAAGAGAGUGAAGAAAAGUCGGUUACAAUUGAAAGCCACGAGAAGGAACUUCAGAGAUUGCAGGAGCAACUAGCAUCCCUACGUAGCGAGAAAGACUCUUUGGAAGCAGUUCUGUUUGAUACUAACACUUCGCUAGAGGAAGCCGAAGCCCGCAAGGAUGCUCUUGAGCGCGAAAAUCAGGACCUGUUGAUCAAACAAGAAUCCCACAAGUCGCUCAUAGCUCGCCUGAACAAGGAUCUAGAAAAUACGGAACGACGUGCUCAGGACAUCAAAAUUCAGCUAACCAAUGCAGCUGCCAAUCAGGAAGCAGAAUUCUUACAAAAAUUGUCCAAUUUGCGUACUUUUGGGGAAGAAAAUAUUAAAAAACUAAACGAGGAAAAGGAAAUCAUUCGCAGUUCUUUGGAAAAACGAAUGAAUCAAGCGUUGCAGGCAUUGCAAGGCUCAAAGGACACGGAAAUUCAAGCGCUUAAAGAGCAGUUCGAAACACUCCAAAUGCAUCUGGAAGCGUUGAAUCAGCAGCAUGAAGAAACAAUUCUUCGGGCGGAGAACGAAAAACAGCAGGCCCUAUUAAUUGCACAUCGUGAUAAACAGGCCGUUAUGGAAAAAUUGGACGGAGUAACGCGAGAACUCAAACUGGAGUUAGAUAACAGUGAUCGAUUAAAGAGAGAGAUGAUGGCUCGCCAGGAAAAGGAUCGAACCACUAUUGGCUGCUUGCGGGACGAAGUUUCGAAAAUGCGUGCCAAAAUGGAGGAAGCUCGCAUCAGAUCCGAAGAAGAACUAAAUCGUCUAGAAGUAAUGCAGGGCUCGCUGAGAGAAGAGAAAGAUGCUGCAAUGAAGGAGAUCGAAGAACUCAAGGUUCAAGUAAGAUUGGCGGAAGACCGCUGCGAUGCCGUCCAUUUACAGUUGCAAGACACUCAGCGAAAGUUGAAGGAAGCGGAAAAUUGUAUUGACGCCACAAGAAAAGAACUAACAGAUACACGCAGAACACUGGCUGACAGCAACAUCGAACGUGACAAAUAUGCCAACAGUAAUAAGGAGCUGAGGGACCAUGUAAAACGUGUCGAAGGACAGCGUCGUGAGCAAGCUCGUUCGAUGGAUGACGCCCUACAGAAGAUUGCCGCUCUUGAGGAAACCCGGAACAUGCUGGAACAGGAAAAGGUUCGACUGCAGACCAUCCUAAAGGAAACGGAAAAUAACAUGUCCAAGAUGAAUCAGGAACUAUCGACAGCCCAGAGCAGCAUUCAGAAAUUCCAGUCACAAACGAACCAAAACGAUGCAGCCGAAAAAGAGCUUCAAGCGAGAUUAGCGAAUGAAACGGAAGAAAAGGAACGCAUUCUACAGGAAUUGCAUCAGAUCAAAAAACAGUUGUCCGAUUUGGAAGGUUCACUGUGUGCCACUCGUCAAGAGUUGGGCCGAGUUAGAUGCAAAGCUAACCAGGACGAGCAUCGAUUCCAUCAGCGUGAGCAGGAGCUUUGCGCUAGAAUCGAAGAUGGCAGAGGACGUGAAAAACGACUGGAAGAUCAGAAACACAACUUGGAGGUUUGCCUAGCGGAUGCUACACAACAGAUUCAGGAGCUAAAGGCAAGACUUGGCGGGUCUGAGGGUAGAGUACGGGCAUUAGACGAGCAGUUGGUUCAGUUGGAAGCUAUCAAAAAGGAAACGGAUAAUAAGUUAAGUUCCAUCGGUCAUACUUUGCGCCGCAUCGCCGGUAUACAGAUGGAUGGAUCGGUAAGUUUGCCCUAUCGACUGUUGAGUCCAUCCAGAAGGUAUAGUCCAGCACGUGGCCGAAGUGAACGGGACGAAUUCCACCAUCAUCACCACCACGAAACUCGUAGUUUAUCGGGAGAUAAUGCAAUCAUAGAUGUUGAUCCCGAAAUGGUCCGUAAAGGGGUACGCACUUUGAUGCAGCAGGUAGCCCAAAUUGAACGUGAACGAGAUGAUUUUAAAGUGCAACUGUGUUCGUCUAAGAAACAGUUACAGGAAGGAUGCGACAAUCAGAUGCGUUUAGAGGGAAAAAUUUGCAAACUUCAGCAGCACAACCGAGCCAUUAACGAGGACAAGACGAAUCUAGAAGCAAAAUUGGCACAGAAAAUCAGUAUGCUUCAUUCUACCGAGGAAACAUUGCGUCAAAAAAGUGACGAAUUAAAUGUCACCCGCGAGAAGGUUGUUCAUUUAGAACAAUCACUAGCAAGUACGACCGAAGAGAAAGGACAGCUGGAGGAGCGUUUGGAAAAAUGCAAACAGCAUGCGUGUCGCAUAGAGUCCGAUAAGCGACACUUGCAGGAUGAACUUACGCGAACUGAUGGUCGUGCAUCCAAGCUCGAUUUGCAACGAGUGGCUCUGGAAGGAGAUAUUCAACGCCUACAAAUGGCACUACAAGAGAAGGAUUGCACCAUAAGAAACCAACAGGAGCGUCUAGAGAACUAUCAGCGAACAUCAACGCAACUGGAAGAUCGUUGUGCAGCACUUAAAAGCACCGUUGAUCAACUGAAAGAACGUUUACAGGCUGCAGCUAUAACGGAAACGGAGCUAAGAGGUGAAAUCUCUGGUUUGCAUCGUCACACAGCCGAUCAAGGGCACACAUUUGCACUCGGACAGGAUAAGCUCAAACAAUUGCAAAAGUCACUCACAAACAGCGAAAAUGAGCGCAGAGUUCUGUCGGAACGUUUGGACGCUUCGCAGCAUACGAUCAAUGAACUGAGACGCAACCAGCAAGCCAUUCAAGAUCAGACCCAGCGUUUGCAAGAGCAGAUGGCUGAGUGCGAGGUUCAGAAGUCAGCCCUAGAAUCGCAAUUGAGAUUAGCGAAAUGGAACCAGGAAAAUUCGGAGCAGUUCGGUGCGACAGCUGGUGGCGAUCAGGAUCUUGCUCGACAGCUGGUCAAUUCCCAGCGGGAUCGUACAGAGCUGAGGAAUAAGGUCGAGGCUUUGCACGAGAAAGUUCGCCAUCUGGAAAACGAGAAGCGUGGUUUGGAAAAGGGCAGUAAAUUUUCCGGUCACGUACAGUACGAUCGGUCUGAAAAGAGUGACCGUGGGGAAUUUGAUUCCAAUAGACUGGAGUCGGGUAGCUUUGCCGGUUCAACGACGGCUUUAAAAUAUAGCUGCGGUCUUGAUCACAAUCAGAUCGAACAGGAAAGCCGUGAAUUACGCAUCAAAGUUCGACGAUUGGAAACGUUACUAGCGGAGAAAGAAGCCGAACUGGCUAGGGCUAAGACAAAGAUGCUUGAAUCACCGAUAAAAUCAAGCGGAUGUGGAGGAGCCGGCGGCGAUGUCGAACGUUAUCGGAGUGCACAAAUUCAAGCGGAACGGUUGUUGGACGCUAGGGAGCAGUCUCACCGGCAGCAGGUGUUGCGUUUGGAAAAUCAAAUCUCAAUGUUGCGCGAGCAGCUGGCACAGGAGGCCAAGCGAAGGCAGAUGUACAUUCUAAGAAGCUCUCGGGCCGGCAGAGAGAUGCAACAGCUGCGUCAAACAUUAGGCGAUUCCUUGAGAAAUGUUGCUCAGGAUCCGAUCGAUUCUAGUCUGUUGGAGAGCGAGGCAAGAAGAUUGGACAGUGCCGUAUCGUUAAGCUUGCCGCCGACCACUUCUCGUGACUACGAUUGUGCUUUAAGCCCUACUUAUCGUUGAACUAUUAUGCCAAGUAACUGUUGCAGACCAUAAUAGUAUUUUGAGUCAGAUCACUGCCUUAUACCAAAGAAAACAGCCAUUUUAACCAGUGUAUUAUUAAGCAGUUCCAGAUGAACUAUCGUUCGAUAAUUGUAUCAAGUGUAUUCGUAGGUUUAAAAUUGCCAGUCAGUGUUAAAACGAAAUUAGU